CUUUUACGAUUUAUUUUAAAAUUACGAUGGUCAGAAGCGAAAUGAUUAAAUAAGAAAAGCAACUAGGAUUUUAUAGAUUAUCAUUUUUAAUCGCUUAAUUAUUUACACCAGUGUAUGUAAACACAAAGGGCCUUAUAAUGCCGUUUGAAUUUGAACAAAGCUGAGUGUAUUUUGAAGUUUGCUGAAUAUGACGAAGUAUACUCAUCACCAUGUUGCAGUGUUUCUGCUUACAUUUUUAAGCUACGCAUUCUUUCAUGCCACAAGGAAAACAUUCAGCAAUGUUAAAUCUACGAUCUCUGAUGAGUGGAGUCCAUCCUAUCACAACAAUACCGUUAACUUCACCAAGCCUGACCGGAUCUGGAACACCCGCCAUUUGUUUGACACAAGAAAAGAUGCCGAACCAUACCUAGGAAUUCUGGAUGCCGUGUUCAUGAUUUCUUAUGCUGUGGGUCUCUAUAUAAGUGGAAUGAUUGGAGAUAGAUUUAACAUGCGGUUAGUGCUAUCUUUUGGAAUGUGUUCAUCAGCAGUUACGGUGUUUCUCUUUGGAGUGGUAUUUGAGUGGGCACACUUCUACAACAAAUACGUCUACGUCAUCGUCUGGAUUCUGAAUGGCCUGCUACAGUCCAUGGGAUGGCCAACAGUGGUAGCCAUCAUGGGAAACUGGUUUGGAAAAUAUAGUCGUGGGCUGGUGCUGGGUCUUUGGAGUGCCUGUGCAUCUGUUGGUAAUAUUAUUGGGGCGUUUCUGGUGUCUGGAGUACUGGAUUACGGAUAUGAUUAUGCUUUCCUGGUGACGUCGUCUGUUCUGUUUGCUGGGGGAGUGGUCAAUUUUUUCGGUCUUGUCAGCACCCCUAAGGAAGUUGGACUUAAGCUCCCUGAUGAGGACACUACCAUUCAUCCUAGAGAGUACUCGGUCCGUGUUAAUGGAACAGAUGGAGAUGAACCCAUUAAUUUGCCCCAUGUUUUAUGCAACCAAGAACAUUUGAUUGAAGAUGAUGACACUCCGACACAUGGGGCUGUAAACAGAGCAGAGAGUGAUGAAGAUGACACAGAAUUUUCUUCUCAAGGUAUGGAAGUUACAAAAAUAGUAUCAGCUCCACUCCUUAAAUCCACUGAGAAAGCAAUCAACACCUCCAGUUCUGAGGAUAGACCAGCAGCCAUAGACUUCUGUAGUGCCUUACGUCUACCAGGGGUAGCAUUGUAUGCCUUAGCCUAUGCCUGUUUAAAGCUAGUCAACUAUUCCUUUUUCUUCUGGCUGCCCUACUACCUCCACAAUAAGUACAGGUGGAAAGAGACAGUGGCUGACGAUAUAUCUAUCUGGUAUGAUGUGGGGGGAAUCAUAGGUGGAACAAUAUUUGGUUUUAUAUCUGACAGAUUCCAGCACAGGAGUGUAAUAGUUAUACCAAUGCUGAUCCUGGGCAUUCCAGCACUGUUUAUCUAUAAUUCCGAUUUAAGCAAUACCUUGACUAUGAACGGUCUGUUGAUGGCAGUGGUGGGAUUUUUUAUUGGGGGCGUGGCCAAUCUAGUCAGUGCAGCAAUCUCUGCAGAUCUUGGAAAGCAGGGACCAGUCCAGGGAAACAGCGAGGCCUUAGCAACAGUGACUGGUAUAAUUGAUGGAACAGGAAGUGUCGGGGCAGCCAUUGGACAGAUUCUGGUACCUCUGAUUCAGGAUGGUUUGGGAUGGAGAUCAGUGUUUUAUCUGUUUAUGUUAAUGACACUUCUGACAGCCCUGUGUAUUCUGCCAUUGUUUGUGAGAGAAGUGAGAGACCUGUACUCCAAGAGAAAAAUCAAGUAUUCAUGGUUCACGGGGGCUUCUGUCUCUAACAGGAAUGAGGACACUGAGGAAUUGUUCAACUGACCUUGACCUAUUUACAGACUGAUCUUGACACACUUAAUGUGAUCAUAACUUGGUCUAUCUACACUUUUGGUAUGACCAAUUGUUUUAUGCAUCAGCUAGCUUUUAAGAACCACACAAAGUACAUAAUAUACUGUAUGACAGUAUUGAAAGGUGUCUAAAGAAUGUACAUUUGUUUUUGUCUUCCUGUCCGAUAUAGAAAGGACCCUUACUAUGCUGGGCAUUUGUAUAUACACGUAAGAAAGAGAUUAACAUUGCACUUACUAUUUGUGAUAUUUAGUUUUUUACAUCAUCGUGAAUAUUAUAACUUACAUUAGAGAACUCUAUUUCUAGACUACACAGCCUGAAUAUUUACCAGUUGUUAUAUGGGAUGCAUAUUAUAGGCCAUGAUGUCAAAUCGUACAUGUAGUAUAAUAGUCCAUCAGAUUCUAUAGAACUGUUUUUCUUCAUUAGAUUAUUUUUCUGAAAAUAUAACUUUAUUUCAUUUUUCAUUUUUUUUAAAGUAUAUUCUGUGGUGUAAUACAGCUUUUAAGUUUUCUAGUCAUUUUUGUGUUGAAUUUUCAUUUCUAUAUAUUAUAUAACAUUUUACCAGCUAUUUUAUUGCUUAUAAUAUUUUACACAUUAAAACUUAUGGGGAAAUCUGGUCAGUCAUUUUUAUCAGAAUUUUAUAAGUCCUAAGUGUAUGUUCGUUUUAACUUAAUAGAUUUAGAAUAGUAAUGUACGUGCUAGGAUUUUACUUUUCAAAUUAAUCCAACAUAUUUUUUUUCCAGUUUUGUAGUUGAUGUGAUUGAUUGAACAUAUUUUAUUACA